AUGGAUAAUGAAGAAAGCGACGAAAACUUUGGCUUCGAUCUCAGGGAAGAAGAAGAUGUCUUUGGUUUCCUUUUCGUCAAUGACAACGAUGAUAAAACGGAAACUUGCACAGUUAACAGUAAUAGUGAAAAUGACGCGUCCCAGGAAACCAUAAAACCUUGGCCUGAAGAAAAACGUAAUGAACUAGUAACCCAUAAAGCUGGGUUUGACGGUGUUGAUCAGGUAAAGGUAAAUAAAAUUUUAAAGAGGUUGGAAGAAAGCUCACCAUUUGGCCAAUUAAAAGCCAAAAAAGAUGCCGAACUGCAAGAAAAGAUCGAGGAUCAGCGCCGGGUCUUUGAACGCCUUCAGGCACAAGAUUUGACCUUCGCGAAAUCACGUGUUGAACUCUGUAUCAACAAAAUGGAAGAGGAGCGUGAUCUUAGCAAGUAUAUCGUUUGCGUGGAUAUGGAUGCAUAUUAUGCAUCCGUCGAAGAAAGAGAUGAUCCAACGUUGGUUGAAAAACCAAUGGGUGUAGGAGAUUCAGCAAUGUUGUGUACAGCAAACUACACAGCAAGAAAAUUUGGUGUGAGAAGUGCAAUGCCUGGAUAUUUCGCGGAGGCACUCUGUCCACAAAUCAUAAUUGUAAAACCAAACUUUGAAAAGUAUACGGCUGUAUCACAACAAAUUAGGACUAUUUUCGCACGAUACGACCCAAACUUCAGUGCAAUGAGUCUCGACGAAGCAUUUCUGGACAUAACUAAUUAUGCCCAAAGUCACAACCAGUCACCGGAUGAUGUGGUACAACAGAUAAGAGACGAGAUACGUAGCGAAACUAAGUUAAAUGCCAGUGCUGGUAUCGCCGCUAAUAAGUUAUUAGCAAAGGUGUGCGCGGAAGUAAAUAAACCUAAUGGCCAAUUCAGGCUUGAUAAUGAUAAAAGUAAAAUUCUUGAAUUUCUUCGCAAUCUUCCAGUAAGGAAGAUUUGUGGUAUAGGGAAAGUAUCUGCGAAGAUUCUAAACGGUGUCCUUGAUAUACACACAUGCGGAGAACUGUUGGAUAAACUUGUAUAUGUCAAUAUGAUGUUCUCAGAAAUUUCUUUUAAUUUUUACAUGCGAAUUUCCUUAGGUAUUGGGUCAAGUGGAAUAAGUACGAAUUAUACUAGAAAGAGUAUGAGUACUUCUAGGACCUUCAAACCUACUAAUAACGUAAGUUCGUUAUAUGAAAAUUUGCGUUAUAUUGCAGAAGAAUUGGCACGAAGACUCGAUCAGGAGAAUAUGGAAGGAAAAACGGUAUCGGUUAUCUUCAAGAAACAAUCAUUCGAGCAGUUCACGCGGCAGAAAGCUCUCACCAGAUAUAUCAGUUCUCGACAUGACCUGUAUAGUUAUAGUAGAGCUAUCCUAGAUAAAGAAAUUCCAAUAUCUCUCCGCCUCUUGGGUAUUCGAAUCACGAGUAUUCGUGAUAAGGAUACGUCUAAUGUUUUUGGUGUUAAGAGAUAUUUUACGGUUGGAGAUGAUGAUAAUGGAAAAGAUAUUAGUUUAUUUAAUCAGAUCGUUGAUGAACCGUCAAUAUCAAAUCCUACAGGUACGCCUUUUAGUUCUAUAACAAGUCCUGUUCAGGAUUCAAGUGACAUAAAGAAUAAAGGUGAGUGGAGUCAUAGUGAGCAAAGUUUGCAACAAGAAAAUAUUUAUCCGGCAUUAGAUUCUUGGGAAACAAAUUCGCAAAGUUGUAACGUCUCUCAUACAUCAAAACUGCUACAUAAUAUUCCGCAUCUUGGUGAUAAUGCCGAGUUUCCCCAACACAUGCAUCAACUAAAGAGCAAUAUUAUUGGUUGUCAAGAUAAUUGCUUUCGAAAGCCAAAAGGGCAAUCUACAUCAUUAUCUCAACAUUAUUAUGUAAUACAGAAUAAUAUUUCUCCUUUAUGCGUGUCUAAACUCAUUAAGUUGCAAGAUGUUAAUGUAUCUCCUAAGCCUCAGAGUUCAAAUAUGAGUAGUGAAAACUUAGCAGCCGAGAUUCAAACACCAUUGCCACCUAUUCUGGAUGACAUUGAUCCAGAUUUCACAACAAACACAGAAUUUAUAGGUAAACCAUCCAUUCCGAAUAAUUCCGAAAAUGUUUUAAUUAAACCUGAUGAGAAUUUUAUUGAGUCAAAGGUCAAUCCUAACACAAUGAAAGUGUUUAAUUCGGAUGAAGAAGAGACUAGAUUAUCAAAUAUUUAUGAACCAUUGACACCAAAUAGAAAGCGUAUCGCUCAUGACCAGGGACAAACUCAACCACGUGAAAACGAUAAUGAAUCAAACUUUAAGACUAAUCCAAUGAAACGGAAGUUAUGGAAUUCAGAAGACGAUGAUAGGUCUUCUGAAUUAUUGACACCAAAAAAGCAUUGCAAUUGUUGUGAUCAAGAACCAGAUCAACUUCAAACUCAAUUUAAUAACAAUCAAAUACGCGUUGAGAAUACAAGUACAACCCAUAAUAACGCGGAAUUCCAUAAUGUCGACCUUACAACGUUAGACAAUCACGUUGAAAGGCGAAUGAUACAAUCUUGGGAUUGUCCAAUAUGUGGCCGAUAUUUUGACAAUCCAACAAGAAUGCGGAUUAAUAGAAAGGAAUUGGAAGAGAAAAAACAAAAAGAUACCAAAAUUUAA